AUGCCUGUCGUCAAAGGAGGUGUCUGGACCAAUAUUGAGGAUGAGGUGCUUCGGGCUGCUGUCUCCAAGUAUGGACUGAACCAGUGGGCUCGAGUUUCCUCGCUGCUCGCACGCAAAACACCGAAGCAGUGCAAGGCACGAUGGAUCGAAUGGCUAGACCCUGGUAUUCGCAAGACAGAGUGGUCGCGACAGGAGGAUGAGAAACUGCUGCACCUUGCCAAGUUGAUGCCCACGCAAUGGCGCACCAUUGCCCCCAUCGUCGGACGUACCGCUACACAAUGUCUCGAACGCUACCAAAAGCUCUUGGACGAAGCUGAGUCCCGCGAGAAUGACGAGCUUGGAUUGGGAGGACCCGGCGAGGAGAGCGCUGCGCCCAGUGCAGACGAUGUCCGCCGACUACGACCUGGCGAACUUGACCCCGAUCCCGAGUCUAAGCCCGCCCGUCCCGAUACGAUUGAUUUGGAUGAAGACGAAAAAGAAAUGCUGAGCGAAGCGCGUGCUCGUCUUGCUAACACACAAGGUAAAAAGGCCAAGCGCAAGGCCAGAGAGCGUCAAUUAGAAGAGUCUCGACGUAUGGCUGUCCUCCAGAAGCGUCGUGAACUCAAGAAUGCCGGCAUCAACGUUAAGGUUGUUACACGGAAGCCCGGGCAGAUGGAUUACAAUGCAGACAUUCCGUUUGAAAAGCCAGCAGCACCCGGAUUUUACGAUACACUCGAAGAACAAGAUCAGAAUGAGCGCCAGCGGGAGGCAUUUGACCCCCGCAAGCAGCAACUUGCCAACAAGAGAAAGGGCGAUCAAGACGACGACGCAGAGCGCAAAAAGCGCAAGAACGAUAAAUCAAGUGCCUCCGCCGCGUCGGCCGCGGCUCAACGAGCAGGGCAAAUGCAAAAGAUCCGCGAGGCCGAGCAGAGCACCAAGCGUUCGGCGCUGAAUUUGCCCGCUCCCCAGGUUGGCGAGGCCGAGAUGGAGGAUAUCGUUAAGAUGGGACUGGCAGGCGAAAGAGCUAGUCAAUUGACUGGCGACGAGGACUUCACCCAGGGUCUGGUGGGCAACUAUUCCACCUCCCUUCUUGGAGACACUCCUAUCAGAACCCCGCGGGCUGCCCCACAAGAAGAUCACAUUGCCAACGAGAUCAGGAACAUUCGGGCUCUGAAUGAGACACAGUCUUCUCUUCUCGGAGGAGAAAAUACACCAUUGCACCAGGGCGACUCAUCAACUGGCUUUGAUGGUAUCGCUCCUCGGGUACAGAACAUUGUCACCCCUAACCCCAUGGCCACGCCUUUCCGCCAGGCAAAUGGCAUGGGUGCCACACCCGGACCUAGUGCUACACCUCUGCGUACACCGCGCGACCAUUUCUCCUUGAACCAAGGUGGUCAGUUAAUUGGCAGUACACCCCGAGACAUCAAAAACCACGAAAUUUCUGUUCGCCAGCAGCUGCGCGGCAAACUGGCUUCCCUUCCUAAGCCGAAGACAUCCGAAUGGUCGUUCGAUGACAUCCCAGAUGAGACCGCUGAACCCACUUCAUCAAUGGAGAUCAGCGAAGAGGAUGCGGCUGAGCGUGAUCGCCGCGAACAAGAGGCCCAACAAAAGGCUGCGAAGGCCGAAUUCAAGCGCCAGUCACAAGUAUACCAGCGAGGUCUACCUCGACCCGCCGUUCUAGAUUUGAACGCUUUGGUACAGCGUGCCUCUCAGGUCACUGGCGCCAUUGAAGGCUUGAUUGCCAACGAAGCUGCUGCCUUGAUUGCACAUGACUCUCGCCAAUUCCCUGUUCCCGGGGCUCAGGUGGAAGGAAAGGCACCAAAGUUGCGCCAAUUGGACGACCGCUUUUUGGACGCAGCACGGACUUCAAUUGCUGCCGAGAUUGCUUCCGAGGCGCAGCAGUCUGAAUGGCAAGACAAGUUUGACGAUGGCUGGUCCUCGGUUCGUGCCAAGUCUCUGCCUGGUCUUGAGAACUACGAAGACGAUGAACAAGAUCCAUCCCAAGAGGAACAAAAAUUCAUCGGUGCCUUUGAUACUGUCCAAACGGCCCUCUUCGCCACUGCAGAGCGUGGAAACAAGCUCGAAAAGAAGUUGUCUUUACAUUAUGGUGGAUAUCAAAACCGCGCCAAGACGCUGCGGUCCAAAAUCUCAGAGGCUGGAACUGCUUUGCCCGCGGCUACAAAUGAGCUCGAUGCCUUCCGCACACUCCAGAUCUCCGAAGAAGCAGCCCUGCCUCGACGACUGGAAGGUCUCAGGGAGGCGGUGUCAUUUGUGAUGCGACGUGAGCGUGAGGCCCAAGAACUGUACAGGAGCCGGAAGGAGGAGCUAGAUGAACUUGUUGCCGGGACUGCUACCAUCAAUGGAUGGCACUAA